AAAUAUCUUGCAACUAUUUUGAUAGCAAUAUUGCUGUAAAAGCUGUGACUCGUUCAGAUUAGGAAAUCCCUCUAAGCAGUGCAGUAUUUAAGUAUGGGCUCACUGGGCUAUAGCCCAGGGCAGCAUGAUUGGAGGGACGGCACUUUUUCCCAUAUCAAAAUUCAUAAAAAUGUUACAAGUGAUUUAAUUCAGAAAAUAGCAUCCAUUGUAGGACAAAACAACAUCAGCACCUCUUUGACUGUACGAAAACAGUAUGGCACUGAUGAAGGCUACCACGGGUGCUCUCCAUCCGAUGUUGUUGUUUUUUCCGCAAUGCAAUAAACAUAUUUGUGAGGUAGUUCACCUAUGCCAGAGCUUCAAUGUACCUAUAAUCCCUCAUGGAACAGGAACUGGAUUAGAACAUGGAAUUGGUGCAAUAAUGGGUGGUGUAUGCAUUAAUCUCUCCAACUUGUCAUCUAUAGUUGAAGUGAAUGAAGAUGAUUUUGACUGCACUGUUGAAGCUGGUGUAACUAGGAAAACGCUAAAUGAGUACUUAAAACGUACAGGCCUAAUGUUUCCUGUAGAUCCUGGAGCUGAUGCAUCUUUAGGUGGAAUGGUGGCGACUUCUGCUUCUGGAACUAAUGCAAUGCAUUAUGGAACAAUGAAGCAUAAUGUAUUGAAUUUAGAGGUUGUAUUGGCUGAUGGUAGUAUACUUCACACUUCAGGUCCCCAAAUGCGAGCUAGAAAAUCAUCUGCUGGGUACAAUUUGACAGAAUUAUUUGUUGGCUCAGAAGGAACAUUAGGUAUCAUCACUAAAGUCACACUUAGACUGCAUGCUAUACCAGAAAUGAUGGUUUCUGCUAUAAGUUCUUUCUCAUCUGUUGAAAAUGCAGUCAAUGCAGCAGUUCAAAUGUUACAGUGCAGUAUACCAGUUGCAAAAAUGGAAUUGCUCGAUGAACUUUCGAUGGAGAUAUCCAACAAUUACAGCAACUUGAAUUAUCCAGUAACUCCAUGUUUGUUCUUAGAAUUUCAUGGUUCUGAAAAAUCUAUCAAAGCUGAAAUUGAGCAAGUUGAGGAAGUCAUAAGAGAAAAUCACGGAGGUAAUAUUAUUUGGGCAGAUAAUUUGGAGCAACGAAAUCUAAUUUGGAAAGCCCGUCAUCAAAUUUACUAUGCAACACUUGCACAGAAACCAGGACAUAAAUGUGUUGUAACUGAUGUUUGUGUUCCUAUAUCAAAACUUACCAAAAUAAUUUCUGAAACAAAAAAGGAUAUUGAUGCAUCUGGCAUACUGGGUACAAUCAUUGGACAUGUGGGAGAUGGAAAUUUUCACACGCAGUUACUUUUUGAUCCUAAGAAUGAAAGAGAGUUCGAAAUCGCUCAUCAGCUUGAAGAUAGAAUUUCUAAGCGUGCUCUAUCCUUAAAUGGUACUUGCACUGGAGAACAUGGUAUAGGAAUAGGAAAGAUGUCAUUUUUGGAACAAGAGUAUGGUGAUGUUGGAUUAAAAACUAUGCAGUCAAUUAAGAGGAUUUUAGACCCUAAAAAUAUUAUGAAUCCUGGAAAAGUAAUAAAAUUACCUGAGGAAAAAAAUGCAUGUUGAUUUUAAAAAAAGAUAAACAUUCCAAACAAAUUACCAUUGCGAAGACUCGAGCAAUGAGGUCAGUUUGACAUCUUCCUAUGGAAAGCAUUGCAAGCAUGCAGUUGAUGAAAUAAAAUAUGAUUAUGAUGCAGUCAUUUAAAAGAAGCUGUAAUUGAAAAGAAUAAGUUUUAUUUUAGUAUGUACAUAUACAUUUUCCACCAACAUUUCCUUAUAGAACAUGUGAUAUAUUUUUGAUUUUUACGGUUUACAAAAUGUUUUUACUUUACUUUCAUUAUUCUAAUGCAAUAUUGAAUGCCAAAUAAAUAACCUUUAAUACAAGUUUGAUCAUUGUAAUAAGUUAUCUAAUAAAAAUCAAGUUGUUUGUUUUAAU